AAAAUAUCGCUGCAAAAUGGAUGCACAUCGAGCUCACAGCGUCGGCAUCGCCGCCAGUCCCUGCGACGACGCGCUGAAGAAUUUAAGCAGUCCGGAGACUUUACAACUCUGUGAGAGAGCGGGAAACAAAUCCCAAGACAGUGGCAUUGCAGAGAUGGAAGAGCUUACUGUUCCUCACAACAUAAAAAUAAGUAAUAUCACAUGUGAUUCUUUCAAGAUCUCCUGGGACAUGGAUCCAAAAUACAAAGAUCGUAUCACACAUUACUUUAUUGACCUUAACAAGAAAGAGACCAAGAAUUCCAAUAAAUUUAAACACAAGGAUGUUCCUACUAAAUUGGUAGCAAAAGCAGUACCUCUACCAAUGACGGUGCGUGGGCACUGGUUCUUGAGUCCCAGAACAGAAUACACUGUGGCUGUUCAGACUGCAUCAAAGCAAGGAGAUGGAGAUUACACAGUUUCUGAUUGGAGUGAAGUUGUGCAAUUCUGCACUGCAGAUUAUUCUAAGGUACAUCUAACACAGUUGAUGCAGAAAGCUGAAGCCAUUUCAGAGCGCAUGUUAAAGUUUUCUGUUUUUUAUCGAAACCAGCAUAAAGAAUACUUUGACUACAUCCGAGAGAAUCAUGGGGAAAUGAUGCAACCUUCUACAAAAGAUAACAGUGGCAGCCAUGGUUCUCCUAUCAGUGGAAAAUUAGAAGGCAUCUUCUUCAGCUGCACUACUGAGUUUAACACUGGAAAACCACCACACGAUUCACCAUAUGGGAAAUUCCAAUUUCAGAUCCCUGCCAGUGAACUCUUAAAUCAGAAUACGAACCUCUAUUUUGGUGACUUCUAUUGUAUGUAUACAGCCUACCAUUAUGUUAUUCUUGUUAUUGCACCAGUGGGAUCACAAGGGGAUGAAUUCUGCAAGCAGCGACUUCCUCAACUAAAUAUUGCAGACAACAAAUUCUUGAUUUGCACUGAGAAAGAUGGUGAGGAGGUAUAUUAUCAUGCCCAGGAUAUCAUUUUGGAAAUUAUCUAUACUGAGCCAGUGAAUCUGUCUCUUGGUGUGGUAGCACCAAUCAGUGGUCAUCAGUUAAUGAGCCUGUCCACAGCAAAUGCUAAAAAAGACCCUAGCUGCAAGACAUGCAACAUUAGUGUUGGACGUUAAGCUGUUAAUUAAGUGAACUUUAAGUGACGUUAAGCUGUUAAUUAAGUGAACGUUGGUAUUUCAUUUCAUGUUAUUGAAAUUCUUUUUCUCAAAAGCACGCUAAUGCAGCUUUCCACCAGUAGUAAUCGGCUAAUUUGUUUAUCCCAAACAUUUUGUUUUACAGAGUAUGUUGGUGUCUCUUUCUUUUUGUGAGAUAUUUUGAAAAGUCGCUGCCAAGUCAGAUAGCAAAGCUACUGAUCAGAGUUUUCUGUUUUAAGAACUAUAGUCUUGCUUUGCUAAACAAAAGAUAUAAAUGAGCUUUUGCAAAGCACAGAUGCCAUCUUAUUUUGUAGUGCUCUAAAACACAAGUCUUUAACCAAAACAAAAUAUUACUGAACCAAUGGAAAAAGCAUGAAAGUUACACUUGCAGCAUGACCAUAUCUGGCAGAAUAGAAAUACAGUAUUUCAACACUUCAAGUUGUUAAUUAACUGUGUUUACAUGUUAUUUAUGAUAACUGUAGUUAAUGAAAAACAUUUCAAACAAUGCUGUAUUUGAACAAAAUAAAUGUAAUACAAUAGAAAAAUAUUUAUUUGUACUGUUCAAAAUAUUUACAUUGCCACUGUAUGAUGAACUACAUUUAAUUUUGUAGCAAUUUAACAAUGUUAUGAAAUCAUAUGGCUAAAAAAUUAAAUUGUGAAAUGCAGCCCCACUACCAUAUACAAUAAAUUACAUUCCAACAUUAACCUGUUUAAAUGAACGGUCAACUAUAUUUUUUCUCACAAUGCCACAAUAUUGGAUGAUAAAUA